GAUGUAAAAAUAUACAAAACAUCAACGCAUUUGUCGAGCUGUCACAGACUUCAAAAACUGAUCGAAAAGAUGUUAUAACCUCAGUGAUUCAGCCUUUCCCCCAGACUGUCCAAUGUAAACUGGACCCUUAAUAUUUGCGCCCCUCAGAACUGAACGGCCAUCAGGUGGCGCAGGGGGAUAGACGUGACGAAUUGGGAAAGAAUUAAGAGGUUUAUUUAUUAACAUGAACACUUACACGUCAUCUUCAUCAUUAUUAGUCCGGAGAGACGGGCGGUGCGGGUCUUCAUGAGUUUGGCACUGAUUAAAGCGUCUGUCUGCUGAUAAAUGGGACUGGAUUCUGCCUGUUCACCGCUCGCCCCUUAAAAUGGAGUUUGUGGAGAGGAAACGGAGCAGGAAAUCUCAGAGCUAUAAACUAGUCAGCGAUGCAGAUUUCAGUCAUGUGUUGGAUGAUGCGGACCAGAAUGACAGCGAAGGUGACCUGGAUGCAUCUGAGAGUGAAGUCUGGUUAGGUGAUGACGGGAUGGAGAUAAAGAGGCAGAUAACAGGCAUGAUGCGCUUGCUGAGUGACAAGACGGGACGAGUGUACCAGAGGGUUGGACGAGAGGGGGAGACCCUCAAACAGGAGCCCCAGGAAGAGGCUCUCAGCCUGCCUGUAGCCCAGAGUCUGGCCCCUGAAAACAUCCAGUUUGGCUGGAGCUCAGGCCUGCCUCCGGCUCACGGACAGUAUGGCACCCGCUCCAAAACCCAAAGGAUGCUGAAUCACUCGAAAGCUAAUGACAUGGCCAUGUCCCCUGCACCUGCUGCCAUGGCAACUGAGUCCAGCUGCUGUAUGUGCAACUGCAAGAGCACCCUGCAGGCCAUUCUGCUGGAGUUACGUACCAUGAGAAAACUAAUCCAAACUCAAAGAGGAACGCAGGACAAACAGGGUUCCAACGUCCCAAGUUCAGCAUCCCGUUCCUCUAUCUCUAGGAGGAGUGCCCAAAAAAGAAGGCCAGGCCACAGAGUGACAGUCUUGACCACGCCCACUAAAAGCACCACACCUCGGUCGCCACCCUCUGAGGCUGAUGCUGUGAAGGAAUCCGAUCAGAGUGAAAGACAGUCCAGAGAGGACACGCCCUCCACAGUGGUGGCAUGUAUCCCAGAUCCCGUUCCCAGUGUAAAGACUUCUCCCUCUCACUAUAAAGUAACCAGAGGACAAAACAUCUCAGAGCCGGAGGUGCAGUUGGCCGAGGAUUAUGAUGUAUUUAUUCCUAAAGCACAGUUGAACUCGAUCUUACUGAACUACACACGCUCUGGCAGUCUGCUCUUCAGGAAACUUGUAUGCGCUUUCUUUGACGACGCCACACUGGCCAACUCACUGCCCAACGGCAAGAGGAAGAGGGGUCUGAAUGACACCAGGAAAGGACUAGAUCAGAAUAUAGUGGGUGCCAUUAAAGUGUUCACAGAAAAGUAUUGCACUGCCAAUGGAAUUGAGAAGCUUCCCGGCCCCAGAGAUUGGGUCCAGAUUCUGCAAGACCAGAUUAAACUUGCCCGCCGACGCUUAAAAAGAGCAGAGACAGCCUCAGAAAGUAAUGAGAUACUGCACAGAACAUGUACAGAAAAAACAGGUGCCGCUUAUGAGAGAACAGACUGUGUUGUUGCAAUGGACACUGCCUGAGCAGACACUGUUUUCAACUAAAUGCAACCUACGACCCCCAAAAGGGGUCAUUUUUACUUUUUGUUUUUUUUUGUUGUUGUUUGCCUAGACUUUAUCGGGAGACAUUGUUUUGGAAUUCUCAUGGUUAGCAACAGGCAGAAAGUUUUCCUCGAAGGACAAUUACAGCAUUUUAACGAUCAGGACGACGUAGAUGUUCUUUCACAGCUUACAGCUGAAACCCCUCUGGAUGUUCUGACAACUAUGGACACAUUUUUGUAACACAAGUGCUCUCAUUUUAUUAUUUUAAAGUGGCUUGUUCUGGAUGUCACCAGUAGUUUUCUGCAGUAUCUAAAUGGAAGUGUGAUUUCUAUGCUUCAUCCAAAUGCAUCACCAACAAAUAUCAGCAGAAUAGGUGUUUAAAGAUGACUGUGCCUUUAAUUCACUCUGCCAUGCCAAGUAACAAACUGAUGUCAUUUCACGAUUGUGCUGGUCAUUGACACUUUCUGGUGAAAUGUGUGGCACUUGCCAUGUUAACAGUACUCACUGAGUCAUAUUCUCUGCACAUGGUCUUACUAAUGUGUCAUUGGUUAUAUAAUCAGGCGGACUGGUUAUGUAGAUGUUACUGUUUGACUUCCUGUGUAAAAAGAUUUGAUGUACAAAUGAGUGAAUAUGACAUAUACAAACACUGUUCUGCAUCUCUGUGACAAAAUGUUUAUUACCUCACAUUCAAAAGCUUGAAUAACUAUAUAAAGGGUAAAGGAAUACUGCAGGUGCAACGGUGAUAGAUAGCUGUGCAAUGUGUAUAAACCUCACUGUCCUGACCUCAAGAGGUGCACUAGUGACUGACGCUAGAGGCUGUAGCCUUUAGCCUCCUUGUUAGCGCACCCGCCUCCCAUGCUGGAGAUGCCAGUUCGAGUCCCGUAUGGAGUGGGUAGAACAGGAGCGUCACAAUGGUGCCGUGACCCGGAUUGGAGUGAGGGUUUAGGGGGGUGAGUGUAACGGUGGCCAGCUGAUGGAUAGCUGUGCAAUGUGUAUAAACCUCACACUCUUGACCUCAAGAGGUGCACUAGCGACUGACAUUACAGGCUGAGCCUUUAGCCUCCUUGUUAGCAUGCCCACCUCCCAUGCUGGAGACGCCAGUUCGAGUCCCGUAUGGAAUGGGUAGAACAGGAGCGUCACAGUGGUGCCGUGACCCGGAUGGGAGUGAGAUUUAGGGGGGUGAGUGUAACGGUGGUCAGCUGAUAGAUAACUGUGCGUUAUGUAUAAACCUCACUCUCCUGACAUCAAGAGGUGCACUAACGACUGACGCUAGAGGCUGUAGCCUUUAGCCUCCUUGUUAGCAUGCCCACCUCUCAUGCCAGAGACGCCGGUUCGAGUCCCGUAUGGAGCAGGUAGAACAGGAGCGUCACAGUGGUGCCGUGACCCGGAUGGGAGUGAGAUUUAGGGGGGUGAGUGUAACGGUGGUCAGCUGAUAGAUAACUGUGCGUUAUGUAUAAACCUCACUCUCCUGACCUCAAGAGGUGCACUAGCGACUGACACUAGAGGCUGUAGCCUUUAGCCUCCUUGUUAGCAUGCCCACCUCUCAUGCCAGAGAUACCGGUUCGAGUCCCGUAUGGAGUGGGUAGAACAGGAGCGUCACACAGGUUAAAUUAAACUUAAGCUCAAUGGACAACAUCUGUGGCAUGCUGUCAAUUACUAUAGAAACUAAUUCUGAAUCAUAUAUCAGUUUGUAUAAACAAAUUUAAAAAGCACAUAGAAAAACAUUGCACACAACGUCUUUUCACAAAUUGAGCACUGCAAAAAAAUAUAUAUUCUGGGGGUUUUGGUCUCAUUUUCAAGAUGUAACUAUCUAAACAUCCUUAAAACAAGAAUGGCAUAGAUAUUAAGUCUUGUUUUUAGACAAAUCUAACUAAAUUUGGUGAGAAUUAUGAUUAAAACAAGAAGAAGCUUUUUGCCAAUGGGGUGAGAAAAAUAUACCUGUUUUCCCUUCUAAUCAAGUUUUUUAUUUUAAUAAGCAUAAACGUAACGUAUUUUGUACAAUUUCUCUGAAAACAAGAACAUUUUGACUGAUCAAGUAAAUGUAUCUUGCUUUACGUAUUUAGAUAUUUUCACUGGAAAACAAGACAGAAAUACUCAGUAAGAAAAUUACUUUUUACAGUGAGGUACGAGUCAAAAUUAUUUUGACAGCAUGCUUAACAGAUUUAGUUAUAUUUGACCCGGAAUAGUCCACAUAAAGCACAGACUGUGCCUCCUUUUUAAAAUGCCAGUUUUAAAACAGAUAAAACGAAAUGUUAAGUUUACCAGUGGAAAA